AAUUGCGAAAAUUUGUGUAGUGUCAAAAACCUACCCCAAAGUGUAUAAGAAAAAAAAGUUUCUAACAACCCCUAAACCUAUAACACAACCUGCCCUUCUUUGAGUAGAGCAAAAUUUUGAGCAACAAAAUUUAAUAAAUGUAAAUUUUUUGACACCCCCUGCCAUUUGGUAUCCAAAAGUUUCUUUUCCUUUGGCUAUUCCCUUUUGCUGUAAUGGUGUUUUUUUUUGCCAUAAAUCUCUGUUCUAACUCUGACAUGUCACCACAAACGGAUACCAUUUUCUAAAAUUAGAAACAAAAAAACUUUGGAUUAAAGCUCAACAAAACAGAAGUUCAGCGAGUGUCAUUUUUCCCCGAAAGGCACACAGCGUAAUGUUUCAUGCGAUAAAACAGAAAAAAAUAAAUUCCAACGAAAAACAUAAAUUUUCGCAUAACUGCGUAAAUCAUAGCGAAAGCCUUUAAAUGCCUUCCCAAAUACACGAAAUCUUUAGCAUAUUUUAACGUAUCACUGCUUAAAACAUAAACGCAAGCAACAACAACAACAACAAUAAAAUAAACAACAACAAUUUUGUUUUUUCAAUAAGCACUGUAAUCUGAAGCAAACCAGUGCUAGUGAAGGGGCUUUGCAAGGCAUAAGCGAAGACCAUUACGGCAGCCAUGAAUUUCACACCCACCACAAACAUAGUCAACUGCAUGACGCAGCUACUGCUCACACUGCAAGUGCUGUUGACACUUGUCAUGCCCUUGAGGACGACGAUGACAAUGACUGCAGCACUGCCGGUCACAUCGAAACCCAUUGAAAAUACUGCCGAGAAUUUGGCGUGGCAAGCAUGGCUAAUGUUGCCACCUGAACAAAAACAGCUGAUGAAGUCACGUAAGGUAACACCAAAAUCAAUAUUCACUCUACCGCUAAGAGUGGAAUGUCCCGAAGGUCAUCAGCAGGUGGAUAUGAAAUGUAUACCCACGGCCAUAGGUUCGAAUGCGGUGUUGAUUGAUCCCAAUGUCUUGGGUUUGGUGUUGGGUGAGACGCCAGGGGACAUAGAUUACGACUAUGAAGAUGAGACGGCAGCAGGUACGGGGACAGGUAGCGAUUUGGAUAUUUUGUCAUCCAUGUAUUUGAGUGAUUCGGAAAAGUCAAAUACAGAUGCAGUGCUGUCUUUGCAGCCACCCAGCAAAGAUGAGCCUUUGAAAUUUAAUAUAUUUCAAAGCAAAUUCCCCACGGAUGAUUAUCCCUUGGAGGACUAUUCUGCGAUAUCGAAUGAGGCAGUGGUAAUGGCUCCCUCUAAAACUCUCAAUGGAAGUGUAGGUAUUACCCAGAAUAAAGAUUUGAUAACAGAGGCCUCCAAUGUCUCCAAAUCGCAUAGCAUAAAUGGUUUAAGCGAUUCCACGGGUGAUUUCAGUUUGGAUAACCUAGAGGCCAUAUCUCUACCAGCCUCUCCCAAUCAUAAUGGUCAGCAGCAUAAAAAUCGCAUAUCAUUAUUCAAUGAAGAUGCUGCCUUACAUUUGGUCACCACUCUCAUGGACAUGGAGGAGGGUACGGAGAAGGACUCAACCCUGAGCACACAGCAAACAAGGGACGAUUUGGAGAGUCUAUUGCAAACUGAGUCCUUAAUGCCCAUGCUGAAUCAUACCACAGUGGCCACCACUAUGCCAGAGGAAAGUUUGACUCCGGCCAAAGAUGAUGAUGAUGAUUUCAAUGUUAUGGAACGAUUAGCUUUGCACGUGGAGGAUAUGGUAGAAAUGACCACUGUAAUGGCCCCUCCAAUGGAUGACCCUGAGAGUGAAGAGCACAAAGAGAAGGUCGAACAUAUACGAAGUGUGACAAUGAAUUCAUUGUAUUUGCAGAGUAAUGCAGAUGCAGAUGAAGCCGAUCAAGGUGACAAGGAUGAAUUGACAACCUUGACACCUUCAACCGUUGCAGAGGAGGAUGAACUUGAGUCUGGGGAAACCACAACAAUGCCCACACCGAUCAUACAAUUGGAUGAUACAACUGUUAUUGUGAACAACAACAAUGGCAAUGGUGAUGAUGAUGAUGAUGAAGGCUUUAUUACCACACCAACUACACCAUCGUUGGAGGAAUUAUUGGAAGCUUCGCCAAUAACGACAACGGCUACAUCUUCAUCUCCUGCUCCUACUUCAUCUACAACACCUAGCAGCAGCAUUAAUGAUGGGCAAGAAUUAUUGUUGCCUCAAAAUCUGGCCGAGCAGGAUUUUGAAGAAUUACAGCGCAUGCGUAAAGGCCAGAAAGAUCAAAAUACAAUGGAGCCCAAGAAAUCGAAAGUAGAACCGGUCGAGGUGCCGCCGCCGUCGUCGUCAACAUUACAGAUUAACACAGCGGCCACCACUCCCAAGACCAUGGAAACAAAAGCAGAAGUUGUUGCCAGUAAAACAACAACAACCAGUACCACACCAUCGUCAACCAUGGAUGAAUUAAUAAGCCAAGAAACAGUGACACCGUUACUUACAGUCCAACAUAAUAAUGAUGACAGUAACAAUGCUGGUCAUGGUGAUGUUGUUGCCAACAAUAACAAUCACAACAACCAUAUUGACAAUAAUGACCGGUUUUACUAUCAGCACAUAGCCCAACAAGAUCUUGAAAGUGCUGCAGCUUCAGCCACAACUUUAGCGAGUGACAGCAGUAAGCUGCAAGAGCAAAGCUCUACUACAACUCCCAAGACCGCAAUGGCCAAGGCGGAUACAGCAAAGGCAGCGACAACAAGUGAAAUUGAUCUGGCUGAGGAAUUGCGUUUAAUUAAUGAACUGGUGAAGGGCAAUCGCCAGCGUCCAGGGCAAGUCUCAACAAUGCGAACAACAUCAUCAUCCUCAAGCGGUGAUGUUAAUGAAGCUACUGUCAGUACUUCAGCAGCACCUUUAACUUUACCUAGUGAAAGUUCGUCAGGUUCCAUGAAAUUCAAAUUGGAAACUACACAAAUAUGGUCAAAAAUUAUGCCACUGUUACAAACAAGCAGCACAACAACAUCUUCCACAGGUACUGAGCAAGAAGAAAUUUCAACAUCUUCAGAGAGUUCUAGUAUAGUGGAGUCAUCAACAUCACCUGCUGCUGCUAUCACAUCUACUAACAUCACACCUAAGCUGAUAGCCAGCAAUCGUAGUCAUAGAAAUAGUAAAAUAAUCAGAAUAAAUGGGCUAAAUACCAUAGAAAGUAAUCUAAGCAAGGGAACGACAACAACAACAACAACUGAAGAUAUUUCAACAACAACAGAACAAGAGGAAAUCACAUCUUCAACAGCAUCAUCUUCUUCAUCUAUCACCCCCCAAGAUUCAGAUGAGGAUCAAGAAGAUGAUGUUAUUGAAGAUAAUUCGUAUGAACCUUUUUGGUGGUUCCCUGUAGGUUGGCGCCUUGAUAGCCUGUCCUCUAGAACAGCGGCAACAACAACUACAACAACAACACCCAAAACAACCUCACAAAACCAUAGUCAAGAUGAUAUGCCUUUAUUAUUGCGAUUUUGGUCAACAUAUCAUGCCCCCAAGUCCAGCUAAAAUCCAAGAGAUUUUUUUUUAGAAAUAAACUUCCGAAAAAAAUGCAAACGCCAUAGUUCAAAUUUUUUUUUAAUUGUUUACUCGUAGUUAAAUUUUGCUCAAAGUGAAAAUAACUGACGUUUAAUUUCCGCUUCCCCCUCCAUAAGAAAAGUAUUAUAGUAAUGAAAAAAAAAAACCAAGAAACAAAAAAUAAUAGAAAACCUGUGCUCAUGUUGUAAAUGCUCAAGUUAUGGGGAAGAAGUGAAAAAGGGGCUGUUGAAUGUAUGGUUAAAACAACAAAAACAAAAACGUACAAGAAAGCUUUUUUUUAUAUAA